UGCAACUUGUUAAUGAAAUGAGGGAGGACUGAUUGGUCAUUUUAGAUGGGCCGUCCCAAUCCCAUUGUCUUCGCGCCAGCACAAAAAAUAGGUAUUUCAGUUAAUAUCAUCCUUCUCCUGCCCCUACUUCAAUCCCUUCCCUCGAAAACUCUACACCAAAAGCCUCUCUUGGAACUUUUUACUCUACACAACCGCUACCAUUAGGCACUAGCACCAUUUUGCGCAGCCAUGGCCACCACCGCCACUGGUGCUACAUCAUCACAAAUCCUCCAUCACACGACGGCCUUCACAUCCGCAAUACUUUCACAAUCUGAGCUCCGCCACCACAUUUUCUCCACCCUUCGCCGAAAACUUUCGUCCUCUGGUCAAUUCACACUCAAACCUUUAAACCUCGCUGCUGAAACUCUAGAAAACGCCAUUUCCACCUCUAAUGCCUCCGUCCAAUCCUCCUCUCUACGCCUUGCUCAAAAGCUCCUCUUUUCCCUUACUGAAACUACCUUCUCUUCUUUCCUUCUAUCCCUCAUUUACUCUCUCUCCGACCAACCCACCAAAUCCUCCCUUAGUCUCCUACAAGUUUUCUAUCUUGACCCUUCAUUGGCUAGAUCAGAACUAGCACCUACUCUUUUCGAGGAGCUCUUUCUUGUUCAUUUUCUACCUGUUCUUCAAUGGUUCAACGAACAGAGAUCACUCAUUUUAUCAUCUUUAUCACAAAAUGUGAAUCAUGAUGCUGAUGAUUAUUCGAUAAAUGAUGUAUCAGUGGUUAUUCCAUGCUCGAAAUCAUUAUCAAAAAUGAGUGGCGAUCAAGCUUUAGAGCUGAAAGAUUUAGAAAGAAGUUAUGAAGAUGUUCUUGAUGAGAAUUGCAGGGUUUUUGUUAAGUAUUUCAAAGAGGUUUUGGAAAAUAGUGAUGUAAACAGAUUGAUUAGUCCACCGUCAUCGGUAUUGAAACAAAAAGAGAAAGCUGAAGAGCUAGAUUACCAUAUUGAAGAUAAGAAGAUCAAAACCAAGGAACUUGGAUUGAAAAACGGACGGUAUAAUCCAAUAUGGGCUAAAGGAGAAAGGUCAGCUGAAUCUUAUAGCAGCAGCAAAUCCCAGUCUCCACCAUUUUAUCCUCAGAGAGUCUCUCUAAAUAUCCUGAAAAAGCAAAAUUCAUUGACAACAUCGUCCAAUUUAAAUUUUGAUUCUGAACCGGAGUCUAUUUCUGAGGACAAUUCAGCCAACUCUUGUUCCUCAGAAUCUGAAGCCGAGAUGGAGGGAAACAACAGAGAAAUUGCAUUGUUGGAAUAUGGAAUUGGAAAUAGCCUAACACAAAAACAAAAGCAGCCAAUUUUUGCUGAUUCCAGUCGCUCUCCGGAUUAUCUAAUGGCAGAUAAUCACCCCCCUGGAAGUGGAAAACAUACGCCUCCUAAGGAUUUUGUAUGCCCCAUCACAAGCCAUUUAUUUGAUGAUCCAGUCACCCUUGAGACGGGUCAGACAUAUGAGCGCAGAGCAAUCCAGGAAUGGCUGGAACGAGGAAACUCAACAUGUCCAAUUACCCGCCAGAAUCUACAUAGCACUCAGCUGCCUAAAACAAAUUAUGUACUCAAGAGGCUUAUCGCAAGCUGGCAAGAGAAGAAUGCAGGUCCAGUCCCACAUCAGUCUGAGAAUCAUCAAGAUGUAGAAACCGAGCCAAUGAUCAAGUCAAUAGUUCCCGCAGCAUUUCCUAAUUGUGUUAUAAGCCAAGCGACCAAAGAUAGAACUAUCAGUGAGUUACGCCAAGCGAUGACUAAUCUUUGUAUGUCUGAAAUUCUGAAGGAGUCAGAAAGGGCUGUCCUCCAAAUAGAGAGGUUUUGGCAAGAUAUAAAUAUAGAACCAGAUAUCCUAAUUAUGCUCUCAAAACCUCCAGUAAUCAAUGGACUUGUGGAGAUCCUUUUCAAUUCUGUCGACCUCCAGGUGCUGAAAGCCACUUUUUUUCUCCUGUGUGAACUGGGGUCAAGAGAUAAAGCAGUGAUCAAUACCCUUAUCCGAGUUGACUCUGAUGUAGAACGUAUUGUGGCUCUAUUUAAGGAAGGGUUGGAGGAGGCAGUUGUGCUAAUAUAUCUGUUACGACCUUCAACCACUGGCCUAGUGGAGAUGGAUGUAGUGGAGUCCCUCCUAGCAGUUUUAAAGGAGAGAGACAAUGAUUUGCUUAAAAUGUGUUUGAAGUCAAAAACAGCUUCUGUUCUCUUAUUGCGACAAAUUAUUCAGAGCAAUGAAGAGAAUGUUGCAUCUUCUCUUAUCAGUAGAAUCGUUUGUUCAAAAGUGAUUGAAAGUAUUGUUGGCAGCUUGGAAGCUGAAUGUGCAGCUGAGAGGAUUGCUGCAGUUGGUAUCUUACGAAGAUGCAUACAGGGAGAUGGUAAAUGCAGAAAUAUCAUAGCUGAUAAAGCACAGUUGGCUCCAGUUUUAGAAAGCUUCAUAGGCGCAAGAUAUGAAGAACGAUUUGAGAUAGUUUACUUUUUCUCUGAGUUAGUCAAAUUAAACAGGAGGACAUUCAAUGAGCAAGUUCUCAACAUUAUUAGGGAUGAAGGUGCUUUUAGUACAAUGCACACUCUCCUGGUUUAUUUACAGACAGCACUCCAAGACCAAUGUCCUAUUGUGGCGGGUCUCCUUCUCCAACUUGAUCUCCUGGUUGAGCCAAGAAAGAUGAGUAUAUACCGUGAAGAAGCAAUAGAUACUCUCAUUUCUUGCCUCAGAAAUAAAGAAUUCCCUGCUGCUCAAAUUGCAGCUGCAGAGACAAUUGUAUCACUGCAGGGAAGGUUCACUGGCUCAGGGAAGCCCCUUACACGACCUUUUCUUCUAAAACGUGCCGGACUUGAGAAAAAUUACAGAAAUCUCAUGCGGACAGAGCAGCUACGCAACAAUCCUAGAGACUUUGAAGAUAUAUCUCAGGAAGAAGAGAAGGCAGCUGAUGCUUGGGAAAGACAAAUGGCAUUUGUUUUAGUAAGUCAUGAAUUUGGUCUGCUCUUUGAAGCUUUAGCAGAAGGGUUGAAGAGCAGAUCUGCAGAGCUAUAUUCAGCGUGCUUUGUGGCAGCAACAUGGCUCGUAUACAUGCUCGGUGUUAUUCCAGACACAGGUAUAACAGGAGCAGCCCGAGUCUGCCUAUUCAAGCACUUUAUAUCGAUAUUCAAGUCUGCAAAGGACAUUGAAGACAGAACACUUUCCUUGUUGGCUCUCAAAUGCUUCAUUCAUGACCCUGAAGGACAGCAUGAUCUGACUUCACAUAUGAAGGACAUUUUGAAAGGUCUAAGAGAUCUUAGGAAAUCCUCCCCUCUGGCAAUUGAAAUUAUGAAAUUUCUCUCUGAAGGACAAGAUUGCAGUGCUGACUUGUGGAAUCAUAAAGAAUUAGUUCAAGUAGACUCCAGUGAAAAUGGAGAAGUAUUGUCAAUUGUUAGUUUCAACGACAAACUCUUUUCAGGUCAUUCAGAUGGGACUAUAAAGGUCUGGAGCGGUAGAGGCAGCAUUCUUCAUCUUGUCCAAGAAAUUCGAGAACAUACCAAGGCUGUUACAAGCUUGUAUAUUCUACAAUCUGGGGAAAGAUUAUAUAGUGGUUCACUCGAUAAAACUGCAAGGGUAUGCUCUUGUCCUUCUGCAAGAUUACAUCCACUCCGUCGCCAAACUGAUACAAUUUGUGUGUUAUACGAGCAGGUCUGGUCCAUUAGUAAUGAACAAAUACAUUGUGUACAAGUCCAUGAUAUGAAGGAUCAGGUUCAUAACUUAGUUGUCGCCAACGGCAUUUCAUGCUUCAUUCCCCAAGGAGCUGGUGUCAAGGUUCACGCAUGGAAUGGACAAUCAAAACUAUUGAAUCAAAAUAAAUACAUCAAGUGCUUGGCUCUUGUCCAUGGCAGAUUAUAUUGUGGAUGCCAUGAUAACAGUAUCCAGGAACUUGAUUUGGCAUCAGGAACACUCAGCACCAUUCAAAGUGGUUCUAGAAAAUUACUAGGCAAAGCACAUCCUAUCCAUGCACUCCAGGUUCACAAUGGAGUGAUAUAUUCCGCCAGCACUGCCUUUGAUGGAGUAGCUGUGAAGAUUUGGAGCACUACAAAUUACAAUGUGGUAGGAUCACUGCCAACUACUUCAGAAGUGAGGUCCAUGGCAAUAAGCUCAGAGCUGAUAUACUUGGGAUGCAAAGGAGGAAUUGUGGAAGUUUGGGAUCAGGAAAAACAAACUAGAACUGAAAUACUGCAGAUAGGAACUAGUCGUAAAGUUCUUUGUAUGACUCUGGAUGCUACCGAAGAUAUCUUAUUUGUCGGAACAUCUGAUGGUCGAAUUCAGGCAUGGGGAUUGAAUUAAAAAGCUGAAAAAAAAAGGACAAAGGAUGCUGUAAACUAUGGAGAACACAAUGAUUAUAAAACCAUUUGGAAGCAUAAUAAUUCCACUGAAAAUUUUUUGCUGCCUACAAAAUAAUAGACUUCUUGACUGAUUGAAGAUAUGCUUUGCACCAUUCAAAUAGCCAUCUUUGGAAAAAAGCGUCCACAUUUCAAAUUCAUUUCUUGAAAAUUGUAUAUAAUUAAUCAACCUCAAUCUGAAAUGUUGUUGUCAUUCUAUUACUUUGCACCAAAUUGAAUUGCAGGUUUUGGUGACAAAUAGUAAUUCUUUAACAUUGUACUUAUGUAAAUGAACAAUUAUAAUUAUAAAUUUUAUCUCGAAUCCUUUGCAUUAUUGGAGAAAAUUCUGCAAAAUUUCUAAAACUGACAAUAGACAAAAAUGACAUAUGCUUUGUAAGAUUUAAAUUCAAUUGUCACCGUCAAUAAUUUUCUUUGAUGAGUGACAUGAAGAUAUUAUGUAUUAUGGAA